CUCCUGCGUACUCGGAUGUUUCCUCGUGAUGCUCGAGCCUGGACCUGAUCAGACGCUGUUGGUUGCUUACUAACAACUGUGUAUCUUAUCUCCGAUCGCAUUGAUAACUCGCCAACUUCCUCACAUAAACCUUCCACUUCUUACUAUCAUGAUACCGCAGAAAGGGAACUGAGUAGCGCAGCUGAAGACUGUUGUGCAGACGAAUCAUUGCUUGUGGCAGCAAAGGGCUGCAAAACCCGCAGCACUUCAAGUAUCCUCAAGGCAUAUCGAAUUUGUGACUGCAAACUUGCUGAACGUCUGGUCAUCAUGUCAUCAAAUGAAGCGCUCGAUGCAUCAAGCAGUACACCCCAGGCAGGACCGUUAAAUCUUCUACGACCAUUGCUGCUACUUUAUUGGUCCUCCACCUACAUUCCUAUAACUGUCUGGCAACUUCUAUUGAGUUUCGACUUUGGGCCACUUUUCAAUUUCUCUCUCUUUAAAGAGGCAUGGUUUGCCAGAUUCUGGGGCUUCCUAGGGCCGCGGUCCCGCGAACUAUCUGCACCUAUUGUCGUUCCCCUGAUCUCCAACAAUGCUACAGGAAUUUGUUUGGACAUAGGCCCAGGCAUCGGGGAGUGGCUGUACCUCUUUGCUAAAGGGACAAAUCCGCGCAUCACCAAGAUAUAUGGAGUUGAGCCGAACGUCGACAUGCAUCCGAAGCUCCGCGAGAACGCAAUCAAUGCUGGUCUUGGUGACAUUUACGAAGUAAUAGGCUGUGGAGCACAGGAGUUGCAGGCGAAAGCAGGGUUUCAAGCCAACAGUAUUGACACAAUCAUCACCGUACAGUGCCUUUGCUCGAUUCCGACUCCAGAGAAGAUCAUCCGCGAGCUAGCUCCAUUGCUCAAGCCAGGUGGAAAAUGGCUAUUCUUUGAACAUGUCCGUACCAGGUUUCCAGGUCAUUUUGUAGCCAUCUGGCAGCGGUUGGUCAACAUCAUUUGGCCUCAUUUCCUGAAUGGCUGCGAUAUCUGCAGACCUACAGAUGAAUGGUUGAUUCAGUCAGCCCGAUGGAGCGAUGUUCAACUCAGCUCGGAAGACGGACCUUAUGAUACCCUUCCCCACGUUUACGGGACUCUCACCAAGGGCACUUAGAGAGGAAGAGGUCACUACUGAAUUGGAAAUGUAUGAGAGGUGGCUGUUCGUGGCAAUGCACCUGCUGUGAUUCAAAGUAUGCUCGUGUCAGUGCGGCAAACACGGCAAAUUGCUUUCAAACUUCAAUGCCGACUAUGCGCCCUCACAAAUAGUUCCAGUGUGUGAAGGCCAAACAAAACAUUAGCUUGCACCACAUUCCUACGUGGCUACUUAGGUACAUAGGCACGAUAGAUACCUGCGCAGGGAGUCAAUUGUGAAGGUUUCCACCCGAGGUCUGACAACAAGGCAGAUGAUCUAUUUGUGAACGCGGCUACACCCACAUAUCCAUGGAUGCUUUCAUGAUCCUGGUAUCAUUAUUUCUACAAUCAAAAGCUUUUCACCCAA